AUGCUGCAGCAUAAAAUAUUUUCUAAUGGACAUUAUCUAUUAAAGAACAAAUUACAUUAUCAAAUAUCAUAUAUUCUUCGUCGUUUAGUUUCAUCUGAACAACAUGAAUCACCUACAAUACCACAUCCUAUUCAUCCAAAUCCAAUAUUACAAUUAACAAAUAAAAUUCCAUCAUCAUGUUAUAUUCUUAUUGCUGGUGGUGGACUUAUUGGACAAUCAGUUGCUUAUCAUUUAAGUGAAUGUGGUAUUAAAGAUAUUGUUUUAGUCGAAAAAUCAAAGUUAGCUUCAGGUGCAACAUGGCAAAGUGCAGGUCAAGGAAUGCAUUUACAAAAUACGUUAAUUCAAACACAUUUUACGCAAUAUUCAAGAGAAUUAUAUGAAAAAUUACAUAAUCAAGGACAUGAUAUUGGUUUCUCUGAAAAAGGUAGUCUAUGGAUAGCACAAACAGCAGAUCGAUUACAUACAUUAAAACGGCAAUACGCAAUUAUAAAAGCUUUAGGAAUUGAUUGUGAAAUAUUAAGUGUUGAAAAAAUUAAAGAAAAACUUCCUAUUAUUGAUCCACAUGAAGUUUGGGGUGGUCUUUGGAUUAAAAAUGAUUUUAUGAUUGAUCCUGUACCACUUGCUUUAACAUUUGCUAAAUUAGCAAUAGAAAAUAGUGUUAAAAUCGUUGAAGAUUGUUAUGUUAAAGAAAUUUUAACUGAAAAACAACGUGCUGGACAAUAUGAUCGAGUAACAAGUGCUGUUACAUCACAAGGAAAUAUUAAAUGUGACAUAUUUAUUAAUUGCACAGGAAUGUGGGCUCGUGAACUCGGAUAUCAAUCUUCACCAGGUGUACGCAUACCUACAUUAGCAUGUGAAUACGUCUGUUUAAAAACAAAACCAAUAUCAAAUUUUCCAAAAGAUAUUCCUAUUGUUCACAAUCCAGAUGAACGUUUUUAUAUUCAACCAUUAGCUAAUGAAAGUGUUUUAAUCGGCGGUUUUCUUCGUGAGUCAAAGCCAAUUUUUUUAAAUGGUGUACCAGAUACAUUUAAUUAUUCACUUUUACCUGAUAACUGGGAUGAUUUUCAUUGGAUAUUAAACAAUAGUAUCAAACGACUUCCUAUUCUUGGUUCAAGUGAAUAUGACACAUUAAUAACAGGUGCUGAUAGUUUUACACCUGAUGGUCGAUUAAUUCUGAAUGAAUCUGCUGAAAUUGAUAAUUAUUUUGUUGCAUCCGGAACUAAUGGAAAUGGUGUAGCACUUGCCGGUGGUGUAGGAAAAUAUAUUUCAGAAUUAAUACAUACAGGAAAUACAAAUAUAAGUACAUGGCCUAUUGAUAUACGUCGUUUUAUGCGUUUACAUACAAAUAAAAGAUUUUUAAAAGAUCGUCUACGUGAAAUACCUGGACAACAAUAUUCUUUAAAAUAUCCAACUUAUGGUAUGUCAUUAUAUCGUACAGGAAGAAAAUUACGUGUAUCAGCAUUACAUCCAAAAUUACAAGCAUCUGGUGCUGUUUUUGGUGAAGUACUUGGAUAUGAACGACCACUAUUUUUUAAUUUAGAUGAAUUUGAAAAACGUGAAAAUAUAGAAGAUCUAAGUAAACAGGGUACAUUUGGUAAAGCACGUUGGUUUAAUAUUGUUAAACGGGAAUAUAAUGCAUGUCGCAAAGGUGUUGCUGUCAUUGAUAUGACAUCAUUUACAAAAUAUGAACUUAAAUCAGCUAAUCGAAGUGUUGUUGAUUUUCUUCAAAUGCUUUGUGCUAAUAAUAUUGAUAAACCAAUUGGUAGUGUGAUUCAUACAGGUAUGUUAAAUGAACAAGGUGGUUAUGAAAAUGAUUGUUCUGUUAUACGUCUUGAUGAUUAUCAUUUUCUUCUUAUAAGUCCAACUUCACAAUCAACAAGAAAUAUGCAAUGGUUAAAAUCUCAUGUACCAGAAGAUGGAUCAAUUUUUCUUUCGGAUGUAACAUCACUUUAUACAGCAUUGAAUGUUAUUGGACCAAAAGCUAAAUAUUUAUUAGCAGAAUUAAGUGAUGAAAAUUUUAAUGAUUUUGCAAGAAUGACUUGUCGAGAAAUUGAUGUUGGUUUUGUUAGUCAUAUUUAUGCAAUGAGAUUAACACAUACUGGUGAAGAUGGUUUUAUGCUUUAUAUUCCAUCCGAAUAUGCCUUAUGUGUAUAUGAACAGUUAAUGGAACAAGGAAAAGAUUAUGGAAUAAUUAAUGCUGGUUAUUUUGCUCAACGAACUCUUCGAAUUGAACGAAUGUACGCAUUUUGGGGACAAGAUAUAGAUAAAAAAACAACACCAUUUGAUUUAAAUCGUGAAUUUCGUGUUUCAUUUGACAAAGAAUUUAUUGGUAAAGAAGCUUUAUUAAAACAAAAAAAAGAAGGUAUACAUAAGAGAUUUAUACAAUUUCUUCUUGAAGAUCAUGACAAAGAUGCCGAUCCAUGGCCAUGGAGUGGUGAACCCAUUUAUCGUAAUGGUGAAUUUUGUGGUUUUGUUACUUCUACGGCAUACGGUUUUACGCUCGGAAAACAAGUAUGCUUGGGAUAUGUUCAUGCACCAAAGAAUGAAAAAAUCACAACAAAUUAUAUACGCGGAGCAAAAUAUGAAAUUGACAUUGGUACAAAACGUUUUAAAGCACGUCCUAAUUUGUAUCAACCAUCUGAAAUGGGUCCUACAGUUCAACUCAGUACACCAUAG